CGGUGAAAUAUCCAGGAGUUUAGAACAAGAGAACUCGUCCCCCGACUCGCCCUCCCCAAAACCAAAAUCCACCGUCUUACCCUUCGAUUCCUUCUCGUCCUCGAACCCCCUGGACUCCGUCCUCGGCCGAUCGACGGCGCUCCGAUCGUCCCGCAAGGGCAUCUCCGAUCCUCGGAUCUCUGGUGGUUCGUUCUUAUCUCGGGGUUCGUUAACUUGCAAAGGACUUGGUACUCAAAGGUCAUGGGGAAAGACAAUAACAAGGAGAACAAAUACAGCAUCAUCAUCCCUACAUACAAUGAGCGCCUUAACAUCGCCCUCAUAAUCUACCUUAUCUUCAAGCAUCUCAAGGAUGUUGAUUUUGAAGUCAUUGUUGUGGAUGAUGGAAGUCCUGAUGGAACUCAAGACGUUGUUAAACAAUUGCAGCAAGUAUAUGGGGAAGAUCGCAUUCUAUUAAGAGCAAGACCAAGGAAGCUUGGCUUAGGAACUGCUUAUUUUCAUGGGCUGAAACAUGCAUCUGGAGAGUUUGUUAUAAUUAUGGAUGCUGAUCUUUCCCACCAUCCCAAAUAUUUACCAAGCUUCAUCAGGAAGCAAAAGGAAACUGGUGCAAAUAUCGUUACUGGGACCCGUUAUGUUAGAAAUGGUGGCAUUCAUGGAUGGAACCUCAUGCGCAAACUGACAAGUAGGGGAGCAAAUGUACUUGCACAGACACUUUUAUGGCCAGGCGUAUCAGAUUUGACUGGAUCUUUCAGGCUAUAUGAGCGGUCUGUUCUUGAAGAUGUGAUAAAUUCAUGUGUUAGUAAAGGUUAUGUCUUUCAGAUGGAGAUGAUUGUGAGAGCUUCAAGGAAAGGGUAUCACAUUGAAGAGGUUCCCAUAACCUUUGUUGACAGAGUUUAUGGAAGUUCAAAACUUGGAGGAUCUGAAAUAGUUGAAUAUCUUAAAGGCCUUUUGUACCUAUUGUUCACAACAUGAGGAGAAAAGUCGUCCUGGGAUACUCUUCUUUGAUUUUGACAUGUAUGUUUCAUCUAAAUCUUAUUUGCAAAGCUGUCCUUGUGUAAAAAUCAGAUGAGGCGUCUGAUAUAAUAUUUUUGCGCUGAUAUUUAUUAAUGAAUUUUUGUUUUUUCGGACAAUUGUUAUUGGUUAGUUAAUUCUAUAGCUUUGGCUGUUUGUGAAGUAAAAGUUCAAUACAACAUGGCAGUUGGAGUCAGAUGA